UUUGUGUUGUUAUUAGUAAGUUAAAUGCCAUUUAUCAAUGCCAAUGCCAAUUUCCUAAUUCGAGGGGGGCGGCAAUGCACUUUACUCAGUGUCCCAGACACCCCCUUAAACACAACAGAAGAAGAACGCUGUUGCUAUGCGACGACGCUGGACUACACAGAUCAAGUGCUAGGCAUGAGUUUUCUGUAUUUGAGCUAGCCACCGCAUUUCAGCCCACCUUUCAGCGAUUUCUCGGCCACAUUCCUUAUUCAACAGUGCAGCCAUGCCUCUUCCGGACACAAUGUACUGUGCUCAGCAAAUCAACAUCCCUCCUGAGCUGCCCGACAUCCUCAAAAACUUCACUAAGGCAGCCAUCCGAACACAGCCCAAGGAUUUGCUGCUGUGGUCUGCAGCAUACUUCAGUGCACUGUCUAAAGGAGAGUGUUUACCUGUCAAGGACAGGUUGGAGAUGAAUGUUGCCACCCAGAAGACAGACACCGGGCUUUCUCCAGGUUUACUUAAGACUCUCCACAAACAGCUGUCCCUCAGGCAAACAUGCAGCCAGGAGGAACUGCAGAAGAAAUGGAAGGGUCUGUGUCUCCCAGUGGAUCAGCUAGAGACCCUGCUGUCACUGGGCAGCUUCAGCUCAGAAAUUGACUGGAUGGAGUUUUUCGCCCUGGCCUGCAGUGCUCUUGGAGGGACCCUCAUGAGAUCUCUGAAGUAUGCCUGUGAGAUCCUGACAGAGGAUGAGGAGGGCGGUGCUGCGAGGAUCCCAUUCGGCACCUUUGUCAAACUUUACACUUACCUGGCUCUCCUGGAUGGGGACAUGCCACAGGACCACAUUGACAACUUCCUCAGCAGCCUGCAGCCGCAAGUGGAGCUCCAACAUGGGAUGAUAAAACCUCUGGACUUCAUUUAUCGGGAUGAUAUGGACUCAAAACCUACUCAUUCAUCAAACUUUACCAGAACAACAUCAAGAGCUGAAUAAGAACUAUAAAAAACAGACAUUUCAGAACUGAAGCUGUGUCUUGAGCCAAGUUCUGAAAGAUCUGCUGGUGCAGCAUGUGUAUCUAGGAAAGAGGAAAAUACCUACCACUACACUGUAUCUGAUGUAACACAUGUGCUAGCAACAUGGAUGUAAUGUCACUGACACCACCCAUACUUAAGAGACAUUUUAAACCAAUGAUUCAUGUUUAACACUCACCACCAUCUUAAAGAUGAAGUGGGAUGAGCAAGCAAAGACCACCUUUGCUGCCUAUGACAGGCACUUGUCAAUCAAGCAAAUGCCUCCAAAGCAUUUUUCUCUUAAGCCUCAUUAUCUUCUUAAUGGACCAAUGAUCUCAUAAUCCCCACUGUGACACACAUGAGCAGACGUGAAAUUAAUUAUUGAGACCUGAACUCCUUGUGAAAAAAAAAAUAUAGAAUUACUUUGCAUUCCAAGAGAAGCUGGUGGAAUUUUCCACUGAUUUCAACACACUGAGGUUUUUCCUUGGAGACAGUGCUCUGCAACCAUUAGAGGAACAACAUUUUAAGACACCUCCACAAAGUGGCUUUACCACUCAGCCUCACCAUUACAGUGAGAUUACUUGUGUGCUUGUGUGUAAGAGGACAAGCUACAGUUCAUCUGCAAGAUGACUUGGACUUUAAUCAUGUAGUGCUACUCUGUGCUGUCACACCUAAUUGUUUUGCCUCAUUCUCAGGAAAGGGACCUCAUUUGCUUAAAAGUGUAGAUAAUUUAAUUCUAUGUAAUGGUUUUUGUGUCUCUAGUUAAUUCUGAUUUUGUCUGUGGUCUAAAAGCAUUUGCAGAAUAUGCUAACAGUAAAUGGAGUUGAUUUGUCUAGGUGUUGCCUUUACACACUUGAACACGCAUCACAAAAAGAACUUAAUUAAUGGCCAUUGCAGGCUGAUUAAAAUUAGUUAAUUAACACUUGUGGACCAUUGAAUUUCUCAUAUUCAACUGUCAAUAAAAGCUUUCUCUGUC